AUGGCUAUUCAUGCAGAUUCUGAAGGGAUUCUUGAGAAUGUAUGGGCUAAAAUUAUCAAUAGUGACAGAGCAUAUGAUAGAAGGGUUGAUGCAGCAGAAUUUCCCAACUCCUGGGAAGAACUUCCUAAUCCUGAUGGAAGAGAUGGUUCUAUGGAAAUUCUGAAAAGGCUUCCAAGUUUAGGGAGAUGGAUAUCAAUGGGAGCUGAUUUCUGGGAAGAAAUUUUAAAUGGUGUUCUACCUGCUGCAAGCAAUACAGAAGAUUCUGGUCAUACCAAUUUGGAAAUUGGUAGUGCUACUAAAUCCAAUAAAAUGAUAGAAGAUGCUGUGAGAGUAGAUAAGGAAGUUGCAAAACACUAUAGGGGAGUAAGGAGAAGGCCAUGGGGUAAAUAUGCAGCAGAGAUUAGAGACUCAUCUAAGAAAGGUGCUAGAGUUUGGCUUGGAACAUUUGAAACAGCUGAAGAAGCAGCUUUAGCUUAUGAUAAGGCUGCUUUGAGAAUUAGAGGUCCAAAGGCAUGUCUUAAUUUCCCACUUGAGACAGUUUCACUUGAUUUAGGAAUUGAACAGAAAGGAACUGAUCUCACUAGCCUUGCCUGUGGAACUUGUUUGGAGAAUUGCUCUGCUUGCACAUACACUAGGGACAGAGAAAAUUCUUGCAAAACCCGGAAGAGGAAAUCUGGAGGAAGGGAAGAAUUUGUGGAUAUGGUGAAUGAACAACCUGCAACAAAAAAAAUGGUAAGCUUAGAAGGGGUGGUAGAAAAUGAAGUAGAUGUUUUUGUGUUUCAGGACUUGGGGAGUGAUUACUUGGACAAUUUGCUUUCUUCUUGUUGA